UCCAGUUCAGUUACAUAUGAACAGAGAAUUACAGGAAUAUUGAAAUGGCUUGAUUAUUCCAAAUCUGAGAGGCCUGAUUUCUACACUUUAUAUAUUGAAGAACCAGAUUCUUCUGGACAUUCAUUUGGACCAGUUAGUGGUGGUGUAAUCAAAGCCUUACAGCUAGCAGAUCAAGCACUGGGGAUGUUAAUGGAUGGACUUAAACAAAGAAACCUGCACAAAUGCGUAAACCUCAUUGUUUUAGCUGAUCAUGGAAUGGAGAUGACCUACUGCAGACAGUUGGAAUAUAUGACUAAUUACUUCAAACAGAUUGAUUUCUACAUAUAUGCUGGGCCUGCAGCUCGCAUUCGCGCAAGAAAUGUUCCAAAGGACUAUUUUACCUUUGACUCAGAAGGAAUUGUUAAAAACCUCACAUGCAAAAGAACCCCUCAGCACUUCAAGCCUUAUCUGACGCCUGACUUGCCAAAACGAUUCCACUAUGCUAACAACAUUCGUAUUGAUAAAGUCCAUCUUUUGGUGGAUCAACAGUGGCUGGCUGUGAGGGAUGGAAGUUAUACAUAUUGUGAUAGGGGUAACCAUGGCUAUAACAACGAAUUUAAAAGUAUGGAGGCUAUAUUCUUAGCAUAUGGCCCGAGCUUUAAAGAGAAAACAGAAGUGGAUGCUUUUGAAAACAUUGAGGUUUACAACCUUAUGUGUGAUUUGCUGCGUAUUACACCAGCACCAAACAAUGGAACACAUGGCAGCUUGAAUCACCUCUUAAAAACACCUUUUUACAAUCCUUCACAUGCAAAAGAAGACUCAUCUCCUUCUUCAUGUCCAGUUUCCCAUCUGGAUCCCAUAGAUGAACUGGGAUGCACAUGCAUGAAUAUAUCAGAUGUUAUAGUACUAAAUGAGAGGUUAAAUCUCACCGCAGAAGAAAUAAAGACAGCAAUCUCAUAUCAUUUGCCAUACGGGAGACCCAAAGUUCUUCAGAAAGAAAAAGUCUACUGCCUCCUUUCGCAUCACCGGUAUGUGAGUGGAUACAGCUAUGAUAUCUGGAUGCCACUGUGGACUGCAUACACUGUGAAUAAGCCUGAAAAUGCAGCUCUUCUUCCUCCCACUGUUUCAGACUGUCUGCGGGCUGAUGUUAGAAUCCCUGUUGCUCGGAGCCAAAAUUGUUCCAACUACCCAGAAGGGCUGGCCUUCACCCGCAGUUUCCUCUAUCCUCCCAACUUCAAUUCAUCUGCUCUUGAACAGUAUGAUGCCUUACUCACCAGCAAUAUUGUUCCCAUGUAUAGAGCUUUCAGAGACAUAUGGGACUAUUUCCAUAAUGUGCUUCUUCAGGAGUAUGCUAGAGAAAGGAAUGGAGUAAAUGUUAUCAGUGGACCAGUGUUUGAUUAUAAUUACGAUGGCCAUUUUGAUACUCUUCAUGAAAUUGUGCUGCAUGUAAACAAUACAGAAAUCCCUGUCCCCACUCAUUACUUUGUGGUUCUGACUAGCUGCAAGAACAAGUCCUAUACACCACUGAACUGUUCAGGCUCCUUGGAUGCUUUGUCUUUUAUCCUUCCUCAUCGACCUGACAACACCGAAAGCUGUGCUGAAAAUAAGACACUUUCCGAAUGGGUUGAAGAAAGAGUUCAGGCUCAUUCUGCACGUGUUCGGGAUGUGGAGCUGCUAACUGGGCUUGACUUUUACCAGGAAAGAAAGGAACCCAUCUCCAAGAUCUUACAGCUAAAGACAUUUUUGCCAAUAUUUGAGACUGAAUUUAACUGA